CUCGAGUUAGAAAGAUGGGGUUUAUUCCGACGGAAGAGAGCCGGAGGCAGGAGAUUGAGGAGUUCAAGCGGAUGGUAGUCGCCUGCGCCGGACUCAGCCGGAGGAAAGACGAAGAGGAGCAGCUCGGAUUCCAUCUCCGCUCCCCUGAAAUCGACGACGACGUAGGCGAGGAGAAGAUCGUCUGCGUCACCAGCGGCGUUUCCUUCUUAGGCCUCGCCGUCGUCAACCGCCUCCUCGUCCGCGGUUACGCCGUCCGAAUCCUCGUCGACAACCAAGAGGAUGUGGAGAAGUUGAGGGAGAUGGAAGAAGCGGCGGCGGGGGAGGAGGGGAGGCGGCGAUUGGGAAGCAACAACAACGGCGUGGUGGAAGCAGUGGUGGCGAGUUUGUUCCAAGUGGAGACUUUGGCGGAGGCGUUCAACGGCUGCCGAGGCGUUUUCCACACUGCGGCUUUCGCGGAUCCCGCUGGACUCUCCGGUUACACGAAAUCGAUGGGCGAAAUUGAAGUGAAGGCUGCUGAGAAUGUGGUGGAGGCAUGCUCGAGGACCUCGUCGGUAAGAAGCUGCGUGCUCACUUCAUCGCUGCUGGCCUGCAUUUGGCGAGACAGCACCUUGCAGGAUUACCCCUGUGUCAUCAACCACGAGUCCUGGAGCGAAGAAACAUUUUGCAGAGAUAAACGGCUGUGGUAUGCUUUGGGCAAGUUGAGAGCAGAGAAGGCAGCAUGGAGAAUAGCAAAAGAGAAAGGUGUGAAAUUGGCCACCAUCUGCCCAGGUCUUAUUACAGGCCCUGAAUUCUUUGACAGGAACCCAACAUCAACCGUUGCCUACCUAAAAGGAGCUCAAGAGAUGUUUGCAGACGGGCUGCUGGCGACAGUGGACGUGAUGAAGCUGGCGGAGGCACAAGCCUGCGUUUUCGAAGGGAUGAAGAAGACAGCCGGCGGGAGGUACAUUUGCUACGACAACGUGAUCGAGAGCGAGGAGACAGCAGAGAAGCUAGCGGAAGAAGUUGGGAUGUCGGCGGAGAGGAUAUGCGGGAACAGAGGUGCUUAUAUUCCGGCGCCAUUCCAGUUAUCUAACAGGAAGCUUUCUAACCUCAUGUCCAGAACUCUUCGCAGUUGCUACAAUCAACGCUGAAUCAUUAAAAAGAAAAUUAGAAUAAAAGAGUCGUUGGUAGGAAGGGUUUCUAGCUGGCUAAAAGGGUUAUUAUGGUUAUACGUACAAAAUUGUUCUAUGAUUAGAGCACUAGUGAAGUGUUCCAAUUCGUAAGAGCAAAUGAGUAGCUUCCUUAAUUCCUUUCAUAUCAAUCUUCAGUAACCAAUCUAGACCACCAUGCUGAUGCGGUGCAAGUCUGUGAGUUCCUGAGUAAGCCAUCUUAAACGAAUGCGAGAAAUUUUGUAAUUUGAAAAUAUUAUUAAUUCUAAGAAUGCAUUUAAAAACAAUUUGUGUAUUAUUUCUCUGCACCAAUACAAG